CACCGUCACCUGUUUGAAAGUUUACUAGCAGACACGAACGAUCGAUCAUCCUCCUCUAGUCGAACGAGAUAAGUUCAGCGAGAACGUCCCGAGCACACAUUAGUUACCAUCAUUUACUAACCGCGUUUUGCAAGCGGCACAAAGCAGAGUCAAAGGAAACCAGCAUUACUGGCCAAUUCAUCGAACAUCUUCGCCCGCACCGGAGUAAAAAAUGGCCCCCACGGAACUGAAACAGUACAGCAUCGCCGAUGUGGCCAGCCAUAAUAAGCCCAACGAUCUGUGGAUGAUUAUUCACGAUAAGGUGUACGAUGUAACCAAGUUCCUCCAGGAGCAUCCCGGUGGAGAGGAGGUGCUGAUCGAGGUCGCUGGAAAGGAGGCAUCGAGCGAGUUUGAUGACGUUGGCCAUAGCACCGAUGCCAAGGAAUCUAUGAAGCAAUAUCUCGUUGGAGAAAUAAUCGAAGCAGAACGAAAAGCAAAAAAGAGUAGUGGCUGCAAAAAUUUGUCGGCGUCCGCACGGACAGCUCUGGUGGCAGGAUCGGUGAUGGCCAUCGGAGCCGGAUUGGCGAUGAUCUUCAAGGCUUCUGGAAGUAGAAAGUGAAGCGGGACGUCCCAAUCCGAUGGCGUCAUUAGAUUUCACCGAAGCAUUCGAAACGCUUAGCCAAUCGUCUACAUUUCCUCGGGCAUCUUUGUGGGGGUCAGCAGUUUUUAAAGCGAUUUUUUGCGAAUUGCAAACAACACCAACAUUCUGCGAUUGUGUGGGACAAUCGAGCGACGUACUAUAUUCGCGCCAUUGGUAUUUUUAUAGGAUAGUAGAAGUUAGCGAAUGGUUCACUGAUCACUUCGCGUUUGAGAACAAUAAUUUAAUAAAUAUUAACCGUUGCCUAAGAGCUUAAA